GCAGCCACAGCCAGCGCACACGCCCCCCACGCGGGCACGCUCCACGCCCCGGGGCAGAGCCCCUCAUCCCACCACCGCCGCCACCUUCUCACCACCUCCUGGCCUCCACUUCCUCAUCUUCCUCCACCCAAGCAGUUGAAAGCUCCCGUCCAACCCACCCACCGUCCGGAGGUGCUAAAUCUUAGGUCCCCGUCCCCUACCUGUCCCUGACUACCUGAUUAACCUCCACUCUUUUCCUCUCUCCUGCAUCCCUCUUGACAUACCCUGUCUACAGCAGAAAAAAAAGAGCUCUCGGCUGCUGGCGACAACGACCGGAGCGGCCUUUUCUCUGAUUUCGGGGCCCUGUUCUUUGGUUUCCGUUUCUCUUUGCUGGUCCUUUGGCGUUGAAAACGUUUUCUGCGGUUCUUCUCCUCUCCUGCUCCUCGGCGCUGUAGCUCUGCGCCUUCUUCCCCCCCAUUCGACAGCCUGUCCCUCUCGCCUCUCUUGUUCGAAUCAUCAUCCUGCGCGUUCGGCCAACGCUGUGCCCGCUCGUCUUGCUCACGGCCAGCAUCAGCUCAUCUUCAGGCUUUACACGUACCCUAUCACCGGGCGUGCGAGUUUCGGGCGACCUCUCGACCGUUCCUCAACAGCCCAAUCUCCAACACACCGUGCCGCGCCCGCACCGCUGCUUAUCCCCUCGCAUCCACCGACGCCCUUGACCGUUCAGACGGUCCAACAGCAAGUCCGCUUCCACGACCCGACCGCGAUACGUUCGACGAAACUUGGCACACCCCGUCUGCAAAAAUGGCCAUGACCGACACAAGUGCCGCGCCCAACCCGGCGCAGAUGCCCCCCCAGCCGCAACCUGGUACCGGAGCUACCCAAGCUUUCGACGGUGUGCAGAACGGACAAUCCAACACAUCCCACAUGCCCCCGCCUCCGCUGCACAUUCCUCAGAACACCAACCCCAUCCCGACUGCCAUUACUUCUCCCAUGUCCGGCGGAGAUCAGUCCGGACUCAUGUCUCCCGGGGGCUCGGCGGGCUUUAGGCGCGCUGCGCCAGAGCCAAAUAAGCGAGCCCUCUACGUUGGAGGACUCGACCAACGUGUCACCGAGGAUGUCCUGCGGCAGAUAUUCGAGACCACCGGCCACGUACAGAAUGUCAAGAUUAUUCCCGACAAGAAUGCUAAGGGCUACAACUACGGUUUCGUGGAGUAUGACGACCCUGGAGCUGCCGAGCGGGCCAUGCAGACCCUCAAUGGACGGAGAGUACACCAGUCGGAAAUCCGAGUCAAUUGGGCUUAUCAGUCGAACACGACAAGCAAGGAGGACACAUCUAGUCACUUUCACAUCUUUGUCGGAGACCUGUCCAACGAGGUCAAUGACGAAGUACUCCUACAGGCCUUUUCGGCUUUCGGCUCAGUCUCCGAGGCUCGCGUCAUGUGGGACAUGAAGACUGGUCGUACUCGAGGCUAUGGUUUCGUCGCGUUUCGCGAUCGGCCUGACGCUGAAAAGGCUUUGAGCUCCAUGGAUGGCGAGUGGCUAGGGUCUCGAGCCAUUCGUUGCAACUGGGCGAACCAGAAGGGCCAGCCGUCCAUGGCUCAGCAGCAGGCGAUGCAGGCCAUGGGCAUGACUCCCACCACCCCGUACGGCCAUCAUCAGUUCCCUGCGCACGGCGUUGCCAGCUACGAUGUUGUUCUCGGCCAGACUCCUAAUUGGCAGACCACCUGCUAUGUUGGCAACCUGACGCCGUACACAACGCCCAACGACGUGGUGCCUCUGUUUCAAAAUUUCGGCUUCGUUGUCGAGUCUCGCUUCCAAGCUGACAGGGGGUUUGCCUUUAUCAAGAUGGACAGCCACGAGAAUGCGGCCAUGGCCAUUUGCCAGAUGAAUGGAUACAACGUCAAUGGCAGGCCGCUCAAGUGCAGUUGGGGCAAGGACAAGACCCCGAGUGCUCAACAGCAGAACUUCGAUCCCUCCCAGCAGUACAGCCCUCAGAACGCGCAGACCCCCAGCGGUUACCCGGGCACUCCUACUUACUACCCACAAUAUGGUGCCCAGUUCGGCAGCCAGCACGGCAACUUCGGAGGCCCUCAAACUGGGUCCCCGGCUGGCUAUGGUGGUUCCCCGCUAGGGUACGGCGGGCCUCAGAGCGCCGGAGGCUUUGGACGAGGGCAGCAGGGUCCUAAUGCCCAGUGGAACCAACCCCAGCCUGGGCAGGCCUUCAACAACGGAUUUGGCGGCUAUCAGUCGUAAACGUGAACAGCAAAAUAUGCGGCAGCCCGAGCAGGUGAAGCCGCAGAUUCGAGGCCGGCAAGAGAGCCCGCCACUCAGAGGGCGGAGCUGUGAAAGCGCACUUGUCUGUUUGAGCUUGUCUGCGUCCAUUUCAUACCCCUCGUUUCUCCUCAAGCGAUGUUUCCCCAUCUUCUUGUUCAUUUAUCUGGAAUCAACCUUUUUAUGCUCCUCUCCUUCUAUUACCUGGGUUCAUUGUCUCUGUCUCUGUCUGAAUUGACUUGUGCGGUGAUUGCCAUGGUCAAAAUUUUCUGCGACAGUUCAAGUAUCCUCCAUGGGCCGCAUAUUCUAUAGCUUUCCCCAUCAUCGGCUGCUGGGCAUAUUGGGCAGGGCGAUACCUUACGAUCGCCCGGAUGCAAAUUCAGCGCGACAUACCCAUACAAUAUUUUGCGACGACGUUGACGAACUGUUUUCUUUCUUCACAGUGCUCGGCGGGACGGACGGGGCUGAUUGAUUCAAUGUAGUCGCCCGCACAAAGCGCUUAAUCACCACUUUGACGGUUGAAUGGGCCUGUGGAAGGCAUGAAUGGGCGGAGGGAGGAGUGACGAGCUAUUCGGCAACAUAGCCAUGUACAGAGAGAGAUAGGUGGUGGUUGCCCUGAGCGUGAUGGCGGCCACCGCUAACACAGAAGAUGGAUAUCUAGCAA